AACAACAAGAAAAAAUUGAUAAACAAUUUGUCCAAAAAUUAGAGAAGAAAAAUAGAAUAAUUAAAGAACUAACUCGUUACAAUGAAGAACUAACUCGUUACAAUGAAGAAAUAACUCGUUACAAUGAAGAACUAAUUGAAUACAAUGAAGUACUAAAUUAUCACAAUAAUUAUCAAAGAAUGGCUAUCAAAGAUUUGAUGCUUAAACACUAG